AGACAAUCAGACAAUAAACUUCUCGUUUUGCAGCUGUCAUCAUUUCCUCUUCAAAUCAAAAUCACUCUAUCUCCAUAUUUUAGCAAUGGAUUUUGACAGUCUUACCAGAAGAGAUCUUCAGUUCUUCUGUAAGAAGAACAAGAUCCCAGCCAACAUGACCAAUAUCGCCAUGGCCGAUGCUCUCAAAGCUCUUGAGAUUGUUGAAGGUAUUGAGGAGUUCAUGAACCAAUCUGAGUCCACGCGUGACCUGUCUCCAACAAGCGUAGCCAAGAAUAUGCCAAGCGCUGCACGCACUGCAGCUAGAACGACUCGGAGAAAGACCAAAGAUGAAACUCAACCAUCGGAGCUUGUGACCCGUUCUUGCCUUGUUACUAGCAAGUCCCUAGCUGGAGAGCUGGAGCAAGAAAACAGAAACGCCAACGUGGAUCCAUCACUACCUCAGAGCCGUAGAAGAGUUGCUGCCACAGUUGCUAUGAAUCUGGAGGAGAGCAAAACUCCAGCGGCGAGAAGCACAACGAGGGCUCAGCCAGCUGCAGCAUCUGAGUCGGUUCAGAGGGUGUACAGCACGAGAAGAUCGGUCAAGUUGCUUGAGGAAUCCAUGGCUGACCUGAGUUUGAAGACUAAUGUGCCUUCAAAGAAGAAGGAAGAUGCUGAAAGUGAAGGCUCCAAGCUUCAGGUUAAAUCAGAGGACAACGCUGAAGCUAUCUCAGUGAGAGAUCUAAAUGAUUCGUGGGAUGAUUCGAAGAAUGAUCCGGAUCUUGAUGUUUUAUAUGGUGAUCUUGGUGAUAUCACUUUCGUUGAUGCCACAACCUGUAAGGAACAGAAGAAUGGGACAGAGUCCAACACCGUUCCAGCUUCAGAGUCUGAAGAAAUGAAGAAUGGUUCUGAAACUGAAUCAGAGGAGGAUGAUGAUGAUUCUGGUGGUGUUGCUGACACAAACCAAGAGGGAUUUGAGUCUAAUGUCUCUGCUAGUGAUAAUGUGGCUAAGGUAGACACUGUCCCAACAGUUCUGGUGGCUGAAGAAUCAGAAGAAAGUUGCGAGGCUGAUGAACUGAUGGAUGCUGAAUCAGAGAUGGCUAUAGUUUCAGACAAGAAGACUCAAGAAUCAGAUAGUGAUGAAUGGUCUGAUUAUGAGAUAAGCGAGAUAGAUGAGAAGAGUUUGAGAACUGGAGAAAUGAUAGAUUCUGAAUCGGAAGAGUCUUCUGUUGCAGACAACAACACGAAGAACAAGGAGAAUGUUGAGGAGGAGAUGGUUCUUGACAACAAUGGAGAAAAAGAAGCAGGGGUCGAGACUAAGAAGAAGAAGAACAUGAUCGAUGAAGAGAGUCUUAAAGGCGUUAGCGUGAGGCAACUAACUAAGCUGCUGAAAAAACUUGCUAUCAAGAACAAGCAACAACACAAGAGCUUAGAGUAGUAGAGAACAAACUGUUUUAGCCUUUUGAAAUCAUUUCCUUCUCUACUCAAAAAAACUGUUGCUUCUUUUGUUUUCUUAGGUUGCUCUGUUUUUCUUUUUUGAAGAAAACCUAAACAAAAUUUCAAAUCAAAUCUAUUUUUCUUUAGUUUCCA